UUCUCUUCCAUACAAAUGUAUGCUUUCUCCAGAUCAUCUAGCGCAGAAUGAUCAAAACAUCAAUUAUGGGGCUAUCACUGAGCUUGUGGACUAGUCUCAUGCUUUCGAAACGAGUAAUUCUCUUCAUGUUUCAUAUCUUGGUUAUUGCCAACUCUUUACACUCUCUGCAGCAGCCAUCAUCUUCCUGCCAUGACGACGAGAGCUUCGCCUUGCUCCAGUUUAAGCAAAGCUUUGUCAUCAAUGAAUCUGCUUCUGUUGGUGAGGGUGCUUAUCCAAAGGUUUUGUCAUGGAAACCAGCUGCUGCUAAAGGAUGCUGCUCAUGGGACGGGGUCGAGUGUGAUGAGAAGACAGGUCAUGUGAUUGGACUUGAUCUUAGUAGUAGCUGUCUCUCCGGCUCUAUCAGCUCCAACAACACCCUCUUCCACCUUGUUUAUCUUCAGAGCCUGAAUCUUGCCGACAAUGACUUCAAUCAAUCUAAAAUUCCUACUACCAUCAGGAAUUUUCCAAUGCUCCGUUAUCUUAACCUCUCCGGCAGUUUCUUUUCUGGUCAAAUCCCAUCUGAAAUUUCUCAUUUGCCCAAAUUGUUGUCCCUGGAUCUAUCCUUCAAUAGUUAUAGGAGUAACGGUGAAAGAUCACUGAAGCUAAACCAGUCUGAUCUAAGAAGGCUAGUUCAAAACUCAACUAGUCUAGAAAAGCUUCAUCUCAGCUCUGUCAUCAUUUCUGCACCACUACCCGAUUCCUUGGCAAAUUUAUCAUUUUUGACAUCUCUCCUCCUAGAGUAUUGUCAGCUGCUAGGCGAAUUCCCGGUAAUCCUUUUUAAAUUACAGAGUUUAAAAUUUCUUAAUAUAGAAUCAAAUCCAGAUCUCACAGGUUUUUUGCCGCCAUUUGAACAAACAAGUCCUCUCAUGUCAUUGAGAGUUUCUAGAACAAGGUUUUCAGGAUACUUCCCUUUUUCAAUUGAAAAGCUUGAUUCACUGAAUGAGUUUGUUGCUAGUCGAUGCAAUUUUUCAGGUUUGCUUCCAUCUUCACUCGGUAAUCUUAGGCGGCUAGUUUAUUUAGACCUUUCAAAUAACACACUUACUGGCUCAAUCCCUGCUUCUUUGGCAACCCUUACCCAACUGUCAUAUCUGUUACUUGAUAAUAAUCAUUUCAGUGGUUACAUCCCGUCUUCUCUUGGAAAUCUAACCCAGCUCACAACACUUUCGCUUGCAUCAAAUCAAUUAACUGGUCCAAUCCCAUCUUCUCUAGGAAACCUCACCCAGCUCACUGAGUUAGACCUUUCUGGUAAUGAUUUCGAUGGUCAUAUCCCGUCUUCCAUCGGAGAUCUCAACCAGCUCAUAACACUUUCACUUCCGAUGAAUCAAUUAACUGGGUCAAUCCCAUCUUCUCUAGGCAAUCUUAGCAAACUAACUGCUCUAGAUCUUUCUUCAAAUAAUUUGCACAGUUCCAUUCCCGAGUCCAUAUCCAAUCUCACGAAUCUCGAGUAUCUUUAUCUAGAUAAAUUAAGUUUGAGCGGCAAAGUAAAUUUCCAAAUGUUUCAAAAGUUCCAAAAUCUCCUCGUACUGUAUUUAUCUGGAAAUAAAUUGGAAUUAUUGUUCGAAGAGACAAGGUUUCUGAAUGCAACAGCAACUUUUCCAAACCUAAUGACUCUAGGAUUGGGUUCUUGCAACAUAACAGAGUUCCCAAGUUUCCUAAGAUACCAAGAAAAUUUGAGGUGGCUGGAUCUUGCUGAGAAUGGAAUGCAUGGUCAAGUACCGAAAUGGAUGUGGAACGUAAGCACAGAAAGUUUGACAGUCAUGAACAUUUCUCAUAACUUCCUUUCCGGCUUUGACCAACCUCCAGUUGUUCUUUCGUGGAGCGGCCUACAACUCUUGGAUCUCUCGUCCAACAUGAUUCAGGAAUCACCACUGAUACCUUCACCAUCCAUUGAAUAACAAGUUGAGUGGCAU